GCGGCCGCCAGGGGCGCUGUGGCGCGUGCGCGGCGGCGGCGGCGGCGGGACGCAGGGCGCCGCCCCGUCCCAGCAUGCCGCGCGGGUAAACAGACAUGGCGGGCGAGGGAGACCCGCAGGACGCUGCGCACGACAUGGGCAACCACCUGCCGCUGCUGCCUGCAGAGAACGAGGAGGAGGAGGAGGACGAACUGGAGAUGGAAGUUGAAGACCAGGAUAGCUUAGAGGCCAAAAAGCCAAGUGUCAUAAACUUUGACACCAGUCUGCCAACAUCGCACACGUACCUGGGGGCCGACAUGGAGGAGUUCCACGGCCGGACCGUGCACGACGACGACAGCUGCCAGGUGAUCCCGGUGCUGCCGCAGGCGGCCAUGGUGCUCAUCCCCGGCCAGACGCUGCCGCUGCAGCUCUUCAGCCCGCAGGAGGUCAGCAUGGUGCGCAGCCUCAUCCAGAAGGACCGGACCUUCGCCGUGCUCGCCUACAGCAACGUGCAGGAGCGGGAGGCGCAUUUCGGGACCACGGCGGAGAUCUACGCCUACCGGGAGGAGCAGGAGUUCGGGAUCGAGGUGGUGAAGGUGAAGGCGGUCGGAAGACAGAGGUUCAAGGUCCUGGAGCUGAGGACACAGUCGGACGGAAUCCAGCAGGCGAAGGUGCGGAUCCUGCCCGAGUGCGUGCUGCCCUCCACCAUGGCCGCCGUGCAGCUCGAGUCCCUCAGCAGGUGCCGGCUGGUGCCGGCCGCGCCCGCCCGGGAGCACCGGCGCUCACCCCAGUGGUGGCAGAGGUACCAGAAGAGAAAAUUUCAUUGUGCAAAUCUGACCUCGUGGCCCCGCUGGCUGUAUUCCUUGUAUGACGCAGAAACGCUAAUGGACAGGAUCAAGCAGCAGCUGCGGGAAUGGGACGAGAACCUGAGAGAGGACUCUCUUCCUUCCAACCCAAUAGAUUUCUCUUACAGAGUAGCUGCUUGUCUCCCCAUCGACAACGUGCUGAGGAUCCAGCUCCUGAAGAUCGGAAGCGCCGUGCAGCGGCUGCGCUGCGAGCUGGACAUCAUGAACAAGUGUACAUCUCUGUGCUGUAAGCAGUGUCAAGAAACAGAAAUCACCACCAAAAACGAGAUAUUCAGCCUGUCCCUGUGCGGGCCCAUGGCGGCCUACGUGAACCCCCACGGGUAUGUGCACGAGACGCUGACCGUGUACAAGGCCUCCAACCUGAACCUGAUAGGCCGGCCGUCCACGCAGCACAGCUGGUUUCCCGGGUUUGCCUGGACGGUCGCCCAGUGCAGGGUCUGUGCCAGCCACAUCGGGUGGAAAUUCACAGCCACCAAAAAGGACAUGUUACCUCAGAAAUUUUGGGGUUUGACUCGCUCUGCUCUGCUGCCCACGAUCCCGGACACUGAGGACGAGCUGAGCCCCGAGAAAGUAGUGCUCUGCCUGUAGACGGCAGGGCCCGCGCUUCACCAGCUGUGGGCCCGGCAGCUCCACCUCGGAUGCCUGCUGCUGCGUGACCCGCGGGGCGGCCCGGGAAGGGGCAGCCUCUCAGCCACAGGGCUUUGGGGGCGUGGCCUCAACUGCCCUGUGGGCGAGAAGAGCCCAGGACCCUGGCUCUCGGAAACGCCCACCUCCAUUGCAGACUGCUUCCCGCACGGAGCACGGACGCCGAUGGAGGGCGACAUGAGGGCGUGCGGAGCCACGUGUCCGUGCCCGAGGCCACGCCCAGCACCCGGGCCCACGGGAAGGGGGGAGGCGGCGGGCAGGGCUGUGGAGCCCAUUACUGGCCUCUGUUCCUCUCAGCGUCUGGCUUCCCGGAGCCCCCCUGGUUUGUAAAUAUUAGAGUUGAGAGAGGCAGGUUGAGCCCCAAAGAACCGUUUCCAUUUUCUUACGUUUGUUAGUAAAAACGCAGGAUGGCGUGCGUUCGCUCAGUGUCUGGGACACUGCUGGUUCUGCCCCAAGUGCGAUCGGAACCUAGACCACUAAGGAGCGGACGCUCAAGUGUCCCUCCGGGAGGCCGAAGCAGGACGCCGUCUCCUUAGGCUGUAUUGUUCAGGGCCAACUGAAAAAACCCUGUAAGUAAAUUUUAAGAGCAAAACUCAAACACGUUCUUUGUCUAAGUCACAUGAACCGCCUACGCCAGCAGAUGGCGUAGGUGUGGGAAGUAACUUGGAGACGAAGUUCUCUCUACGCUGGUUCGCACCUACCUCUCUGCUUCUACACUGAGGGUCACUGGGUGUCUUCAGGUGUGUGAGCCACUUCACCUAAUUCACCGGGGAAAGUUCAACUAAGGGGUAAAACGUGAGGCCCAAACCGACUGUCUUCUACCAGACAUGCACCCGUGUCGACUGCCUCGCCCACAAACACCACUGACCACCAUGCACGUGCCACCUCGUUCCAAACGCCACACUGCCCCAUGCUUUCCUGUGGCACCGAUGCCUGCCGGGCCGGUGUCUGCCGGUUGCUCUGCACAGCCAUGCUGAGGCUAACCCAGCGAGGCCGGAUGCAGCCGGGACAUUUGCCCCUGAAAGUGUCACCUCUGAAUGUUCCAUCUUGCUCACUGACACUUGCAAAUAAAACGCUAAUAAGU